UACGAUAAAAUUGAGAAAAUACGAGAAGCAGGAGAUCCGCCUUAACGUGAUAUUUUUGAUUGUGUAGUAAAUAGAUAUAAUCCGAAAUCAACAUUAUCACUGUUUGCAUAAUGUAAACUUAAUUCUGUAUUUAAAUCGUGCCCAAUCUGAGUGCCAAAUAGAAGAUAAAUGCGCUACGAAAACGAUCAUUUUCAGUGUAACUUGGUGUAUCAGAAGAGUUGGAUCUAUGUUUUGAGCCUGGCUGACUUGGUGAACUAGUUGCGGACUGGACGAUGAAUCGUGGCGUGUGGAAUUCUAAAGGAAAUUCCAAUCCUGUGGUCGGUGCAAAUAUCUUUUCUAAAUGGACGUUUUGGUGGAUGAGAGAUCUUUUUAAAACAGGAUACCGGCGACCAUUGAAACAGGAGGAUAUGUAUGAAAAUCAACCCGCUCUUAGUAGCGAAGAUCUGACUGAAAAGUUUGCUGGAUUAUGGAGGGACGAUCUACAAAACAAUAAGGAUCCCAGCAUCUUACGAAUCCUUUUUCGUGCAUAUGGAGUAAAGCUUUUUGUUAUGGCAUUUCUAUAUUGUGUUAUCGACACGGGAUCUAAAGUUAUACAAAUUUUAUGUUUCGGGCAACUCCUAUCUUAUUUCACGCCAGGGCAAAAGGAAAUAAGCAAGGACGGGGCUUGGCUAUAUGCGGCUGGAAUUGUGGCUCCAACAUUAUUGAAAGUGAUUACAUUUCAUCCAUUUAUGCUGUAUUCGUGCUCCAUUGGUAUUAAGAUGCGGCUAGGCUGCGCUGGGCUGGUGUACAGAAAAAUUCUGAAACUCUCAAAAGCAACAACGGAUACCGGAUUAAGUGGAAGAGCGAUCAACAUCCUUUCUAAUGAUUUAGGAGUACUUGAUUCCACUAUGACCUACGUUCAUGAUGCAUAUAGAGGACCUGUUGAAAUUUUCUUCUUUGGCUAUCUGAUGUACCAAGAGAUAGGGAUAUCUGCAGUCAUUGGAGUUGGAUUUAUGUUGCUGUUCCUCCCAGUUCAAGCAUUGGCUGCCAAAAAGACAGCAAGCUUCAGACGAAGAGCUGCUGCUCGGACUGAUAUCCGAGUAAAGCUUAUGAAUGAGAUCAUUCAGGGAAUCCAGGUCAUCAAAAUGUACGCCUGGGAGAAACCGUUUGCUGCUGUUAUUGCCAAAAUAAGAAAGUCUGAAUUGUCCGCUAUCAGAGGUGGGACGUAUAUCCAAGCAGCGUUGUACUCAAUUUACAUGAUCUCGGGGAUUUCAGUGUUUUUGAGUUUAGUCUCGUAUGUACUUUCUGGACAUCGCUUGACGGCAAAAAAUGUUUUCACAGUUUCCAGUUAUUUCAAUGCUUUGAUUGAUUCAUUUGUUCAGUGUUGGCCAAUGGCUUUAACAUGCUGGGCUCAAACUUAUGUCUCCGCGAGAAGAGUGAAGGAAUUUCUUCUUCAAGAAGGAAGUAUUGAUUAUAAAAUCGGAGAGGAGAGAGGGGACGGAUUCGGUAGGAUUGGAACGUCCAAAAGGAUAUUGGAUGAAAAUUCUGCUGAAAACGCCAUCAUAUUUCAAAACGUCUCAGCCGAUUGGGACAACAGAGACUCUGAAGAUAAAUUUAUAUUAAAAGGUGUCAACUUCGAAGUAAAAACAGGAGAGUUGAUGGCAGUGAUCGGACCAGUAGGGGCAGGCAAAACAUCUCUUUUGAAUGUGAUUAUAGGAGAGUUAAAUCUUCAAGAUGGAGAAGCUACUAUCAACGGGACCGUGAGUUAUGCAUCACAAGAAAAUUGGGUUUUCGAAGGCACCAUCCAGGACAAUAUCGUUUUCACGGAGAAUUUCGAUCAAUCCCGCUAUGACAAAGUCGUUGAAGCUUGCGCAUUAAGACCGGAUUUCAGUGUACUUCCCUACGGUGAUCAGACAAUUGUGGGUGAGCGAGGCAUAAGUUUAAGCGGUGGGCAGAAAGCGCGAGUCAAUCUUGCAAGAGCGGUGUACAAAAAGGCUGAUAUUUACCUUCUCGAUGAUCCUCUUUCCGCGGUUGAUACUCACGUCGGUCAUCAUAUUUUUCAACAAUGUAUCAAGCGAUUCUUGAAGGAUAAAACUUGCAUUCUUGUCACACAUCAGCUUCAAUUUUUAAAGGAUAUUGAACAUAUAUUAUUGAUAAAUGUUGGAAGAAUCCAAGCACAAGGCAGUUUCCAGGAUCUGCUGGAUAGGGAAAGUAGUAAAUUCCUAAAUGGGAUACAAAGCAGUGGCAGUGGGGAGCAGAAGAAGAAUCUAGAAGGCAAAGCAGAUGAACACGAUGAGAAAGGAUUCUCGAACAGAACAGCCCCUGUAAGCAAUGCAGCAGAUAGGGUUGAACAACAAGCUGAAGGAUCUGUUGGAGUUGAAGUCUACAAAUCAUAUUUUCGAACAAUGGACAACUGGUUCCUAUUUCUUGUAAUCAGUGCUCUAUUCUUCAUCACCAGAGCUUUGUUAUCUGGUGUGGAUUACUUUUUAUCAAGAUGGGUGAAUUGGGAACAAAGGGCUGCCUUUGAAAAUAUGAGCAUGGUAAAAAGUGUAUCCAUAAUUGAGGUGGAUACUGAAUUCCAGAAACAACGUAGCUCAUUCGUGUUGACCUAUUCAAUAUUGUUGGGACUUGCAUUCAUUCUGUUCCUGUCAAGAACCUAUGGGUUUUUCAUAAUGUGCUUACGCGUCUCUUUGAAACUGCAUGAGAAGCUAUUCCGAAGUAUCAGUGAAGCUACAAUGGAGUUUUUUAGCAGCAAUUCAUCAGGAAGAAUUCUGAAUCGGUUUUCAAGGGAUAUUUUCGCCAUUGACAGUGCGCUUCCGAGUUCGAUGCUCAGGUGUUUUGCGUUUUUCAUGGACAUAGCAGCUAUAAUUAUCAUUAUAGCCAUCGCGAACGUCUGGCUUCUAAUUCCUGCCGUUGUGAUUCUAGUAAUUUUCUAUAUUUUACGUGCCAUUUAUGUCUCUACAUGUCGUAGCCUAAAACGAGUGGAAUCCUUAGCUCGAAGUCCGCUUUAUUCGCACAUAAACCAAACAUUUCAAGGACUAACAACUAUUCGGGCCCUUUCUGCUGGAGACGUCCUAGAAAAGGAAUUCCAUGCCCUUGAGGAUAGGCAUACUUCAGCCUGGUACGUUUUCUUGGCGUCCACGAGAGCGUUUGCUCUUUGGCUUGAUAUGGUUUGUGUUUUGUACGUUGCUGCUGUGACAUUCAGCUUCCUUUCAAUUGAAGAUCAGUUUGAAAGUGGUGAUGUAGGGUUAGCUAUCAUGAACUCAAUUAACUUGAUUGAACUAUGUCAGCAAGGUUUACGGCGAACUGUUGAAGUAGAAAAUGAAAUGACUUCAGUUGAGCGAGUUGUGGAAUAUACUCAGAUUCCGCCGGAACCUAAUAUAGUUUCGUCUGACUUGUAUAAACGAAUGAAAACCUGGCCUCAGAGCGGUUCUAUUAAAUUUAUCAGCCUAAGCAUGAAAUAUGCUGAGAACAAGGAGUUUGUCUUAAGAGGUCUUAACUUUUCUAUCGACGACGGUGAAAAAGUUGGAAUAGUUGGAAGAACAGGAGCUGGCAAGUCAUCUAUUAUCCAAGCAAUAUUCCGGUUAGCAAAAAAUGAGGGAGUUAUUGAAAUUGAUGGUGUCGAUACCAACCUUUUGAGUUUGCAUGAACUACGAAGCAAGAUAUCAAUAAUUCCUCAGGAUCCAGUUUUGUUUUCGGGAACAGUUCGCUACAAUUUAGAUCCGUUUGGAUCCGUUGAUGAUCGGACAAUUUGGAAGGCAUUGAAAGAAGUCAGGCUCGAAGGAUAUGUUUCAAGCUUGCCAGGAGGGUUGGAAUCGAAUCUCUCCGAUGGAGGUUCGAACUUUAGUAUGGGACAAAGACAGCUGGUUUGCCUAGCACGGGCGAUACUCAAGAACAACAAGAUUCUUAUAUUAGACGAAGCUACAGCCAAUGUUGACCCGGAGACUGACCGACUUAUUCAGAAAACAAUUCGUAGCAAAUUUGUUGACUGCACAGUGUUAACUAUUGCUCAUCGGCUAAAUACUGUGAUGGACGUUGACAGGAUUAUUGUGAUGGAUAAUGGUCACAUUGCAGAAAUAGGGCAACCAUUUAUAUUGCUCAGCCAACGUGAAGGGUACUUAUCAUCUUUAGUUGAACGAACCGGUUUUACAACGGCAACUGUUUUAAGAAAUAUGGCAGAGGAAAGCUAUAGAAACAAAUUUAGAUGAUAUUUGACUUAAAACCAUGAAGUUUACAUCCAUUUGUGACUUUUCAGUAGUCUUCGUGUAUCUUAAAAUUGAUUGGAGCUUUUCUUCAAUUCACAAAGUACA